AUGAGGCCCACAGCAAUUGGUCUGGACGUCUUUGAACGAGACCCGUUCACAUUUAUUACAUAUCCAUCAACACCAACUCUUAUGCCAAAUGAUUUUUUCUCCUGCGACGAUAGUAAUGAUGGCCAAAUUAACUUUGACGUUGACAAUAAUAACAAAGACAAUAACAGCACCAACAACGAACAUACCCAUAACGAUAACGACAAAAACAACUGUGACAAUAACAACAGCAAUAACUAUAAAAGCGACAAUAUUUACAACAGUAGCAAUGGCAACGACCAUGAUACAACAAACGUGAACAACGACAACAAAAAUAACCACGGUAGUAAAGGUCUUGCUGGAGAAAAACGGAAAUUAGGCGGAAAUAUUGCGCCAUUUUGCAAGGAUAGAUUAAUACACGUAAUGGAAGUCGAUAGCAACUAG